AUGCGAAUCGCCGUUGUUACCUGCAAGGUGAAGCCACCGUCGGCCGAUCAGCUUGAAGUGGACGUGGAAAGCAGUUCUCGCCGUUUGCCAUCCGUGCCUCCACCACAUGACGACUUCCUGCGUGAGCUCAUCCAACUGGCUGCAUUCCAUGGGAAAACAAGACAGGAAGUCUUGGAUGUCGUCGACUCGUUAAGUGAUGAGUACUUCACGCGGAAAAUGAACAAUCUAGCGUUCACAGAAACUACUCCACCUCCUACCGUAAUAUCCCCACGGCCUUCCGUGCAGCCCUCCUACACGCCGUCAUCGCAAUUGCCGUCUCCGAAUGGGCCAACCACUCCGAUACCGUAUAACAAUGUAUACCACAAAUUUGAAUACGUGUGA